CCGGGGGGGGGAAGAUGGCGGACGUGCUCAGCGUCCUGCGACAGUACAACAUCCAGAAGAAGGAGAUCGUGGUGAAGGGAGACGAAGUGAUCUUCGGGGAGUUCUCCUGGCCCAAGAACGUGAAGACCAACUAUGUGGUUUGGGGGACUGGAAAGGAAGGCCAACCCAGAGAAUACUACACAUUGGAUUCCAUUUUAUUUCUGCUUAAUAAUGUGCACCUUUCUCAUCCUGUUUAUGUCCGACGUGCAGCUACUGAAAAUAUUCCUGUUGUUAGAAGACCUGAUCGGAAAGAUCUACUUGGGUAUCUCAAUGGUGAAGCAUCAUCAUCAGCAAGUAUUGACAGAAGUGCCCCCCUAGAAAUAGGUCUUCAGCGAUCUACUCAAGUCAAACGAGCUGCAGAUGAAGUUUUAGCAGAAGCAAAGAAACCACGAAUUGAGGAUGAAGAGUGUGUGCGCCUUGAUAAAGAGAGAUUGGCUGCUCGCUUGGAGGGUCACAAAGAAGGGAUUGUACAGACUGAACAGAUUAGGUCUUUGUCUGAAGCUAUGUCAGUGGAAAAAAUUGCUGCAAUCAAAGCCAAAAUUAUGGCUAAGAAAAGAUCUACUAUCAAGACUGAUCUAGAUGAUGAUAUAACUGCCCUUAAACAGAGGAGUUUUGUGGAUGCUGAGGUAGAUGUGACCCGUGAUAUUGUUAGCAGAGAGAGAGUGUGGAGGACACGAACAACUAUCUUACAGAGCACAGGAAAGAAUUUCUCCAAGAAUAUUUUUGCAAUUCUUCAGUCCGUAAAAGCCAGAGAAGAAGGGCGGGCACCCGAACAGCGACCAGCCCCAAAUGCAGCACCUGUGGAUCCCACGUUGCGUACCAAACAGCCUAUCCCAGCUGCUUACAACAGAUAUGACCAGGAAAGAUUCAAAGGAAAAGAAGAAACGGAAGGCUUCAAAAUUGACACUAUGGGAACCUACCAUGGUAUGACAUUGAAAUCUGUAACGGAGGGUGCCUCUGCUCGUAAGACUCAGACUCCUGCAACCCAACCUGUACCGAGACCAGUUUCUCAAGCAAGACCUCCUCCAAAUCAGAAGAAAGGGUCUAGAACACCCAUUAUCAUAAUUCCUGCAGCUACCACUUCUUUAAUAACUAUGCUUAAUGCAAAAGACCUUCUACAGGACCUGAAAUUUGUCCCAUCAGAUGAAAAGAAGAAACAGGGCUGUCAACGUGAAAAUGAAACGUUAAUACAGAGAAGAAAAGACCAGAUGCAACCAGGGGGCACUGCAAUUAGUGUUACAGUACCUUAUAGAGUAGUAGACCAGCCCCUUAAACUUAUGCCUCAAGACUGGGACCGAGUUGUAGCAGUUUUUGUGCAAGGUCCGGCAUGGCAAUUCAAAGGUUGGCCGUGGCUUUUGCCUGAUGGAUCACCAGUUGACAUAUUUGCUAAAAUUAAAGCCUUCCAUCUGAAGUAUGAUGAAGUUCGUCUAGAUCCGAAUGUUCAGAAAUGGGAUGUAACAGUAUUAGAACUCAGCUAUCACAAACGUCAUUUGGAUAGACCAGUUUUCUUAAGGUUUUGGGAAACAUUGGACAGGUAUAUGGUAAAGCAUAAAUCCCACUUGAGAUUCUGAAUUAUUUGGCUCCUCCAUUUCUGGAAACUGAGACUCAAGCUUUAUGAAUUUAUCAGGAACUUACAAUGAAGGAGGUCACAGAUAAAUCUUUUAUAAGACCUUAUUUGAUGCUUCGUGCUUCAAAGGGAUGAUGCCUGUCAUCCAUAUAAGCAAACUUUUUGGCUUACAACUAUUUUUUUAAUAUUAGUCUUCUAGUCUGUAAUGGAAAUUGUAUAUUUUAAUAGAAGUUUUUUCUCCAUUGGUUAACUUAGCAUUACUUAAAAUUUGUUUCUUUAGAAAAUAAAUGCAGGCUACAAAUGUGUGUAUAUUUAGAGGCUAUCUGAGCCAUCUUGCUUCUGAUUUUUCAUUGCUCUGUUUCCUUUUACUGAAAGUGCUUUGUUAUGAAUGGUAUUAAAUUUUAGUCUGUGGAACAUCCAGAACCAAGCAAAGGGAUGUGACUAUUUUGAAUGAAUCAAAAUGUCAACCUGUAUGUAUACUAUAUCUGUACUUACUCUUCAUUUUAAAAGAAUAAUGAAAAAUCUAGAACAAUUCUUCAGUUUUGGUUGAACUGUUUAGCCUUUUCAAGACUUCUUUACUUAUAAAUUGAAUACAUUUAAGAAUGUACAUUCUUCUCAUUGACUUUGAUGAUUUUAAAACUUAGAAUCUUUCUAUCUGUGAUAUCUUUCCAUUUGAAAAAUCUCAAAACACAGAUUAAAAACUAAAUA